AUGUUCACCACUAUUUUCAGCCUGCAAGGGAUAGCGAUCGGUUUAUGGGUUCCUCUGGAGGGGCCCGCAACAAGGACCGCUUCCAUCGUCGUUGGCCUCUUGAGAACGGCAGAAGAUAUUAUUAUGGGGAUUGGCGGGUCCAAGGCAACAGACAAGGCUGGACAGGCCAUCUCCAACCAUCCUGAGAUUGUUAAGUGA